AUGCCACCAAAGAAAGCAGAGAAAGCUGCACCUAAGAAAGGUGCAAAGGAAGAUACAAAGGCAGCAAAAGAUGAUAAGAAAGGGGGUAAGGGAGGCAAAGGGAAAGAGGAUCCAAAGAAAGGAAAAGGAAAGGGCAAACAAGCUCCUAGUGAAUCUGAGGAGGCCUCUGAGGUGGAAAGGAGUGAGGCUGAGGACAGUGAAGCAGUGGAUGAAGAGGAUGUGCAAAGUGAGGAUGAUGGUGGUAAAAAGGGAAAAGGAAAAGCUGCUCUGAAGGGAGCGUCCAAAGCUAUGGCUGUAAAGGCUGUAGCUAAGCCAAAGCGUGGCCAGGCAGCAGAGGAAGGUGUUGAUCCAAAAACUGGUAAGCGUGCCAAUAUUAAGGCUGCAUCCAAAGCUGUGACAGGAUUCCAACCUGAAGAGAAGAAGCCACAACUUCAGCUAGGUAAAAUGAAGGACAUAAACCUGAAAGGGGCCUCUUCAGCUAUGAUGGGCUUUGCUGUUCAGGGUCAGCAGAAUGUUCAAAAGACAGAGGAUGCAAAAGCUCAUUUAAAAGGUGCUUCUAAGGUUCUCUCAGGUCUGACAGGAAAGUCCCCAUUUUUUUCCAAGCCUGCCCCCAAACAGUCUAAAAAGCUAAAAAGCACAUCUAGGCUUUUCAUGGGACUAUCUGGCAGCAAGAAGAAAAAAGGUAUGACACCAAAGGCAUUACAAAGUACAUCAAAGUUGUUUUCAGGUUUCGGAAAGUCCAAAGCUACGGAAGAUAAAAAAGAGGAGGGAGGAAGAACACUCUUAUUACUCAGUAUUGGUGGAAAGGCAAAUAAAAAUGCAGCAGCCACCUCUGGACUGGGAGGCAAAUUCAAAGGCUUUUUUGGUAAAAAGAAAACUGGAGCUGCACAAUUCAAGAGUAAAGGAUGGGCUCUGGGGAAGAUAGCAGGAGCAACAAACUGGCUAACUAACAAAUUCAUCUCAUCCAAAGCAUCUAAACGACUCGGUCGCUCUGUUCGUUAUGACAGGUCAAGUGUGGGGCAAUAUCACGGCUAUCAGAAUGGAGGUUAUGAAUAUGAUGAGGAUGAAUUCAGCUAUGAGGAAGAUGACUAUGUUCAAAGCAGUUAUAGCAGAAAUAAUCCCCGGGGACGAUAUAGAAGCAGAAAUCAUGACAGCUAUGGUCAGGGGCGCUACAUCAGAGGACCACAUCAGUAUGACUACUUUGAAGAUGACCAGGAGUAUUAUGAUUAUCCUGAAGAUGAGUAUGGAUUCUAUGAUGAGGAGAAUGAAUACUAUGAUCCAGUGUAUGAGGAUGAGUAUGGAGAUGUGUAUACUGAUGAAGAUUAUUAUGAUCAGUAUCAGUAUGACGGAAGACAACCUUAUGGUUAUUAUGAUGAUAGAAUUGACUAUGGUUACAGGCAACAGAGAAUCGAUGAAUUUGGAUACCCUGUUGAUGGUAUGGAAUACUAUGAUGAAAUGGGUUAUGCUAUGGAAGAUGAAAUUGGCUACCUUGGUAAUGAUGGGGAAUAUUAUGACUAUGGAUACUAUCCAGAACAGUUUGACUAUUAUGGUGACCAACAAAAUUAUUAUAGUCCCUACGAUGGUGUUUCAGAGGCCUACAUGAUCUAUCCAGGUUAUCAAAAUGCAUACAAUCCAAACCAGUACAUGUACAGUGGAGAAAACGCUGCAGUUUACAUUGAUCCUCAGAUGGCUGUUAACCAGCCAUUUAUGUACACGGUGGAGGACGUCAUGGAACAACCAGAACCCCCAGAAAUGUACGGUAAUGAAUAUGUUCAAAUACCAACCCAGGGUAUAUUGACUGAGGAUUCAUUCAGAUUUCCAAGACCACAAGUUAGACUUUUUGGAAAGGAAAAACUUGAAAUUUCAAGUCCAGUUUCUCAGAUUCCCAGGAGUGACCAUGAGAUGUUUCCAGACCAAUAUGAACACCAGCCACUUGUUUCACCUAUGAGCUUUCCUCUAUAUACUCCACAGCAACCAGAAGCUGUACAAAGGUCAUUUUCUCCCACCCCUAUAUUAAUUCAGCAAGGACCAGCACAAAUGAUACCACCUAAUAGUCCCAUUUUAACCCGAUCACUCCAAAUACCAUCCUCGCCUGUUCUUCAAGCAAGACCUUUUUCAUCUACAAUGCCAGUGUCACCUGUCCUAAGUAGACAUUCUUUUGGACCUGUUGGAACCGUACCACUCUCAACACCAGCAUCUCCAGUUCUGUCCGCAAGGAGAUUUGAUCCAACUAUGGGUGAUCCAGCCUCUCCCUAUUUAGUCUAUACAGAUCCCAUGUUUCAGAGACUUGAUUUUCCACAUGAAAAUAUUCAUCCAGUAACAAUGAGACAAUUUAAUCAUCUCCCCUCACCACAGCUCUCCUUAAGACAAAGCAAUUUUUCAACUCGAAGCAGUCCUAUACCUCACCAAAGAUCUGAUGUGUUUGAGGAAAUGAGUCCGAGGUUCUCACCAAGGCAGUCUAGAAUGUUUGGCCCACCAUCAUACAAUAAUAAUGCACAAAGGCAGUUCUCUCCUAUCCAAAGGAGAAAAUUUAGCCCACCUUCUUCUCCACAACCAUCCAGAAGAGCGCCAUCACCAUUAGCUUCUGUAAGGGGAAGAUCUCCAACUCCCCAGAGAAAGCCAUUUGGUUCUAGAGCACCAUCCCCUCUUGUUAAUGGAAGAGAGAGCCCACCAAUGUCUCCACGAGGCUCAAUGAGAAGAAGAAGUCCUCCUUCUUCACCUAGAGCAACCCUGAGGAAAAGUGCUAGUCCUACCCCUCCAAUAAAAUCUCGUUUCAGGCCUAUUGGUAGAAGCAAUCAGGAGUCUUUCAUAUCAUCAAGAUCUAUGAGGAAAAGCUCUCUUUCACCACAACCAUCAUUACGGAGGAGGAGCCCUCCACUGUCUCCAACAAUAGACCGACACUCACCAGAGGAGAGGUCUCCAUACCCACACCGCAGAGCCACAUCUCCCAUCCAAAGACCCCUGUCUCCAAGACCAAUAUCUCCAUUCGCUUCUAGACCUCGGAGACCUCUUUCACCAUCACCCUCAGCAUUUUCUGGCAGAAUCCAACAUGACCCACAACAUCUGCCUACUCGUUCAUCCACACGUAGAUUCAGAGGAUUUGGUGGGAACAAAGUGCCAAUGGGAACAGUUAAGCCAUCUCCUGUCAAUCCAAUUUUUCAAAGAAAAGGUCAUCAUGGUACUACUCAAAUGCAAAAUGUCGCUCCAUUUAGAUCAUCCAUCCAUAAUGCAUCCAUGGGUUCAGGAGCUUUAAAUCAAAGUGCUAGAUCCUCCCCCAUCAUGUUGGCAAGACAAGGUUCCAGACCAGCAGGGUUUCAAGACUCGAAGAGAUACUUUCUACCUGGAACACCAAAUCCACAAAGGGUUUUUCAUAGACCUGUUGGGAGAGGACGUCCUGUUGUGAGAGUACCAAUAAGUCCUGUUUCUCUCAGGCAAUCAAUAAGAGGCCAGAGCUAUCCUCUUCUAAUGAAUGCUCAACCAUCUUUUCCUCAACGGGUUCCAAUAAAACAGCCUGGAAUACCUUCACCGCAACUCUCUGUGAGACAUGUUACAACCCCAUGUCCAUCACCUCAGCUUUCAGUGAGAGCUGGUUCACCAAUGUCUGUACAUUCACCAAUGUCUGUACGAUCUCCAUCGCCAAUCCUCUCAUCCUCUAUACAGAGAAAUGCUAUGCAUAAUGAAUUAAUCAAUCGUGCCUCACUCAGAUCACAAUUUUCUUCGAGUAUCACUCCUCAGCCUCAAGUAAUAAAUGAAUUUGCCCAGACAGUUCAACAAGGCUCAUCUCCUCUACUAACAAAUGCUUUACAGAACCCAAAUCUUGCUGCUGCCUCAUUCAGUUCACCUUUUCCAAGGUUUAAAUCUCCAAUGUCGCAGGUUAACCAAAAUUUAUCUCAGAGAUCUUCUCCAGCCUUAACAAAUGCAUUACAAAAUCCACUUCUCCGUAAUGCCACUUACCGCUCACCUCUACAAAUGUCUGCAUCUCCUCAUUCUAUAGUGGCACCUCAGGAGGUUCAGGUAACCAGUCAGAUUUCUUCUUCAAUGCUCUCUAAUGCACUGCAAAACCCUUACCUACGUAAUGCGUCUCUCAUUUCCCCACUGCAAAGAAGCACAUCUCCUUAUUCUUCUGCGGCUGCUCAGCCGGAACCGCAAAACAUUUUGCAGUCAUCUUCAGUGCUAACCAAUGCACUAAAAAAUCCUCAGUUACGCGGUGCAUCAUACAUCUCACCUCUUCAGCGGAAUACAUCUUUAUAUGCUCCAGUGAUGUCACAACCCGAACAGCAAGCAUCUGUUUUAUCAAAUGCCCUUAAGAAUCCUAAUUUAAGAAAUGCAUCCUAUUCCUCUCCUUUACAGAGAAGUCCUUCUCCUUUCCAGCAAGCACAGGAUUAUUCUUCUCCUUUGUCAAAUGCAUUAAAGAACCCAAGCCUUCAAGGUGCCUCCUUUCGACUACCUGAUACAUCAAUAAUAAAUAGGAAUUUUGGAGGCAAAAAAGAGGAGACUACUACAUCUGUUCUGUCAAGUGCUUUGCAAAACCCUAAUCUCCGGAAAGCAACUUAUAGGCUCCCAGAUGGUACAAUAAUAUCAAGAAAUGAGCCAGCACAACCAGCUCCAUCUCCCUCAAUGUUAUCCAAUGCUCUUCAGAAUCCUAACAUUCGAAAAGCAAGUUACAGGCUUCCAGAUGGAACACUUGUAUCCUCCAGCACUGAUGAAGCUGCGGACACAACAAAUUCCUCACCAUACCUGGGAAGUGCUCUACAGAAUAUUAACCUACGUAAAGCAUCCUAUAAACUACCUGAUGGUUCUCUCUUUUCUCGAAACCAACCAGCAGAACAGUCAUCCUCUCCACUUCUUUCAAGUGCUCUUCUGAAUUCAAACCUUCGUAAAGCUUCCUACAGACUUCCUGACGGAACCCUUUUGACUAAGAGCUCUGUACAAGAACCAGAGAAAUCUAUUUCAUCUAAUUUGUCAAGUGCACUACAAAAUGUUGGUAAGGCCAACUAUCGCUUACCUAGUACCGCUGGCCUGUUUAGAAAUCCAAAACAAGAGCAAGCUCCCCCUUCAAUGCUGUCCAAUGCCCUUCAGAACCAAAACCUUCGUAAAGCAUCUUACAGAUUGCCUGAUGGAUCAAUCAUGACAAGAGGUCAACCAGCUCAAAGUGAAUCUCCCACAUCACCCUUUCUGGGAAAAGCCUUGACGAAUAUUAACAUACGCAAAGCAUCCUACAAGUUGCCAUCGACACUGGGACGUUCUCCAGAGGACUCAAGGUACGCAGUAGUGACCCCUCAGAUUCAGGGCCAGUCUGGUGAACACUGGGCUCAAAAUCAAAUACUAGAUCUUCAUGAGCCAGAUGAUGUCUGGUCUUCAGAAAGAGUCCUCCCUCAUCAUACUGUUCAGAACCUCACAAAAUGGUCCAUGUAUAGGGAUGAAGAACUGGAGAAUUUUGUCAUCCCUGUGUUUCCUGGCCAAGAGACAGAUAGCACAGAACCUGCAUGGCUCCCAGAUAGAGAAGGCGAACCUCAAGGGAACUGGUAUGACAAGGUAACAACUGGCAUAUAG